AUGAGGGAAUUCCUUGGGAAAGAUCUGGUGAGGUCUGGCAUUACAAGGUUUGCUACAGCUUACUUGAACUUGAAAAGCAUGCUGGACAACAAGAAAGAACUGCAGAAGCUAUUCAGAUCAGUUCAGAUGGAUGAAAUGGGUUACUUAAAAAAGGUGAAAGUACGUGAUUCAAACCGAAGUGUGCGCUCUGAAAUUUUUUGGACGGGAGUAGAACAUGCUGUCAACUUCUUUGAGCCUUUGGCUAAUUUGCUGCGGCGAAUGGACAGCGAUGUACCAGCUAUGGGUUUCAUAUAUGGCGCUUUUUUGGAUGCAAAGAAGGAGAUUGUAGCUAGAUUUGACAAUGAGGAGGCUAGUAUCCAGGAAGUGCUACACAUUAUUGAUAAGAGAUGGGACAACAAAUUGAAGGGGCCCCUGCAUAGGGCUGGAUACUUCUUAAACCCAUACUACUACUAUGAAAACAAGCUGGAGAUUGAGUUGGAUGGAACAUUUAAAGAUGGCCUUGUUGCUUGCAUGGAGAAGAUGGUUAGAGAUGGUAAGAAGGAAGAUAUAAUGACAACUGAGUGUCAGGCAUAUCAAAAUGAAGAGGGCUCGUUUGGAAGGGACAGUGCUAAAAGGCAGCGGAGAAACAAGAACUUUGAUCCAGGAAAAGAACUAAAUAUUUACAUUGUUGAAAUAAGAUGUGUAGGCUGCAAUGCGAAUUAG